AUGACGAUACCAACAAGAUCUGAACCACCAAACCGCCCUGAAGUGCCAAUUCUCAAGCGCAAUGGUUUCCAAAUGUGCAAGGAUGCUUUCACCGUAAAUAACAUCAAACGGGUCAGCGGCCCGCGUCUGCUGGACCUGCUUCAUAUUGACACCAUCCCGCGACCAGCUGAUAGGAUGAUUGCCGAGUUGGAGGCGACUAAUUUAUUCAGUAAAGCUUUUUUCGCGGCUCAGUUGACGUACUAUGGCAUUCCUUUCUCGCCAUCUGUCAAAAGUUCAGAACUGCAAGCCCUGCUUCGCGAUGAGGUUUGUGAAGGCAACUGUGAUAGCGUUCCUGAAUCUGUCGUUGAGCUAGAAGCCGCUCUGCGCCGCGAAUAUGAGCCUCUGUAUCGGAAAUGGGAGAGCGAUUUUGCUGCAUGGAGCGCUGAAAAGGAGCGGCUGGAUGACGAGAACUUUGAAAAAUGCGAAACGCCUAGCGAACAGGCGUAUUUCGAUAUCCGUCGCUUUUUGGACCGUCACUACUUGACAGAUGGGAAGCCGGAUCGGACCAAGACUCCAGAAACACUAGUGUUAAACACUGAAGGCAGGCUGAGUGAUCUGUCUUGGAAGACGAGGCAUAUCCCCGGCCUUUACUCUUGGAGCAGUACUUGUAACACUAUGGAGCCCGUUACAUGCUUCAUAGGAUGGAAUGGUGACGAGAUCAAGAAAUUAGGGAAAGAGUUCGAUGAUCGCGAGCGAGAGGCUGAGAAAGCUCGGCGAAGGUCAAAGUGGGACGAAAACAUGGAAGCCCACAAGCAAUACAUUGCUCGCACGCAGUCAAAGAAUGGGGAUACUGACGGAGAGGAUGGAGAAUCCAAACCACUUGAUCUCAGCCGCUUAGCAGGCUCUUACGUUAUUCGAUGCGAUGCUAUAUUAGACGGAUGGGACACUGAAUACACGGGAGACACGCUGACGAUGGAUGUUGCUGUUGCUCCGAGCUCCAAUGAUAUGCUAGUCGCGGCUUAUAAUCUUGGCAUCAUCCGAGGAACCAUGACGCUUAGUUUGUCCGACGAUGCGCUCAAGGAAGUGUUUGAUCCUGAGGAUGAGGAGUCUGAAGACUCCGUGAGCGAUGAAGAAGAUGAAAAUAAUGAGGAUGAAGAAGACGAUGAGGAUAAAAAAGAUGAUGAAGAUGGAAUUGAUACAGAGCAGCCCACAAGCGGAAAAAAGCGAAAAGCCUCACUACAGCAGGAAGAAGAUGAGGAUUCGUCUCUACAACAACCCGCAAAGAAGCUCAAGACUGCCACCGAGCCAACCCCGUCUCGCCGUGUCUACCUGCGUCUUGAAGGCUACGAAACUGGCAAUGGCGAAGAGUUACAUGUCCCUGAUCCCGGCUACAUCGAUUUUACCAGCAAUGACUGUAUCGCAUUUGAAGGACUGAUGAAGACCUUGACUUAUGUGGGAGACAAGGUCAAGUUUGAAGGCUACAAAAUCUCGGACGAGCCACAGAGGGAGCCAGAGCAUUUCGAAUACGUUUUUCUGGACGAGUUGGCGGAGUCGGAUGAGAUGGAUGAACAGGAUAUGUUGGAUGCGUUGGAUAUGGUGCAUGAGCAGGAUGAGUUAUAUGAGCAGGAUGAGUUAUAUGAGCAAGAUGAGUAG